CCACAUCGCUAAACUCCAUCCCUCCAUCUGGGUCGAGGCUAGAUUUCCAUUCGGAGACAGCAAUGUCGGUAUACGACGCGGCGUUUGUGAACUCCGAGCUCUCCAAACCCACUUCAAUCUUCGGCCUCCAUCUCUGGGUCGUCAUCGGAAUCCUCGUCGGCUCCUUAAUAGUCCUCACCCUCUUCCUCCUCUCCCUCUGCCUCACCGCCCGCCACCGCCACAAGAGCAAGCUCGUCACCGCCGCCGCGCAAAAGCCCAGCCCAAUAAUCUCCAAAGAUAUCCAGGAAAUAAUCCACCCCAAUCCGGAGGUCCACAUGGAGAUCGGGAAGCCCGAGCACCGGGUGGUGGUGUUCUCCGACCAACGCGGCUGUGGCGCCUCCAGCGGCGAGAGCCGCGGGACGCUGAACAGCGAAACGGCGUCGUUUGCGAGCGGGAAUGUGGUGGGGCCCGAGGUGUCGCAUCUGGGUUGGGGGAGGUGGUACACUUUGAGAGAGCUGGAGGCUGCGACGAAUGGGUUGUGUGAGGAGAAUGUGAUUGGGGAAGGUGGGUAUGGGAUUGUGUACAGUGGGAUUCUUAGUGAUGGGACUAAAGUUGCUGUUAAGAACUUGUUGAAUAACAGGGGUCAAGCUGAGAAGGAGUUUAAAGUGGAGGUGGAAGUAAUUGGGCGUGUGAGACACAAAAAUCUUGUGAGGUUACUCGGAUACUGUGUUGAAGGUGCAUACAGGAUGCUUGUGUAUGAGUACGUCGACAAUGGAAAUCUGGAUCAAUGGCUUCAUGGGGAUGUUGGUGAAGUCAGCCCUCUAACAUGGGAUAUUCGAAUGAAUAUUAUAUUGGGGACUGCAAAAGGGUUGGCCUAUCUUCAUGAGGGUCUUGAACCAAAGGUUGUUCAUCGUGAUGUAAAAUCUAGUAACAUACUGGUUGAUCGCCAAUGGCAUCCCAAGGUGUCUGAUUUUGGGCUUGCCAAGCUUUUAUGCUCUGAGAAUAGUUAUGUGACGACUCGAGUGAUGGGAACAUUUGGCUAUGUUGCACCAGAAUAUGCUUGCACUGGAAUGUUGAAUGAGAAGAGUGAUGUUUAUAGCUUCGGAAUACUUAUUAUGGAGAUUAUAUCUGGGAGAAGCCCUGUUGAUUAUGGUCGGCCACAAGGGGAGGUUAAUCUAGUUGAAUGGUUAAAAAACUUGGUCGGAAACCGAAAAGCUGAGGAAGUAGUUGAUCCUAAGUUGCCUGAGAUGCCUGCUUCGAAAGCACUUAAACGUGCUCUGCUGGUUGCUCUUCGAUGUGUUGAUCCUGAUGCCACAAAAAGACCCAAAAUGGGACAUGUGAUCCACAUGUUGGAGGCUGAUGACUUGCUAUUCCGUGAUGAAAGACAACCAGGGAGAGAUAAUUCCAGUUCAGAUCUCAAUUAUCGACGGGAGAAUCAUGUUGGCAUGAAAAUGGGGGAUAAAGAUAAACACUUGAGUGAAGGGACUUCUGAUACUAGUGAAGGUGAUAGUGGUAGGAACCAUAAUCAACCAACAAGGUGGAGAUAAUACCAUUGGGAAAGGAUUAGGUGACUAACAGUUUUAUCACCGGAGUUUUUGAAUCUCAUUUUUCUUCUACCCUGAUUCUGCCUGUAUCUUUUUCAAUAAUGUGCAUUUGUUUUCAUGCUUAGUUACAUAAUUUCAUAGGAUAUGCAUCAAAUUAUGAUGCUCUUGUACAAUAUUGAAUCAGAUGUGUCCAUCAUUCUUAUAGGUGUUCUGUUGUAAAACAAUAUAUCAAUAGUGUUACAUCAAUAUAAAUAUUCUUUUCUCUGUGGUCACAUUCUAUUCUUCUUCCUCAUCCGCUCUUCUUUCAAUUUCUUUGUCCACAUUCU